AUGAAGACUAACAAGGAAACAAUAAAGAAAAAUCUGGUCAGGGAGUUGGCCAUAAAAAUGAAAAAAAAACAGUUCAAAACUGAUAAAGGUUCUCCAUCUGCAGAACCAUCCCUUCCACCUGAAAGUAGGCGAUCAUCACCAAGGAACAAGAAGUUUGCGAUAAAGAUGAAAAACAAGCAGAACACUCAACAGUCCCCAACUGAAAGUGCUUCACUCACUUCAAAGCUGCAACCCCCAACUCAAACCAAGUCCGCAGAACCAUCUCUUUCACCUGGAAGUAGGCGAUCAUCACAAAGGAACAAGAAGUUAGAACCAAGUGUUGUUGUUUCUUCUCUAACUAAAUGUGCAACAACUCCAAAGCGUCGUCUACAACCUGAAAGUGCUGAAAUGUCAUCACAAACUACAAAGAGACAGGCUACUAGGAAGAAGAAUGUGCAAUCUGAAAGUGCUCAACAUUCACAGAACACAACUACAAAGUCCCAAUCAAAAAGCUCUGAAGGAGAUACUGAAAAAUCCGGAGUGGGGCGAAAGAAUGUAAAGCGAAAACUUGACACAAUCAGCACAGGCCCAUGUCUGAAUGUUCAACUUAGGGAUCCACACGACACUCUCGCAGAUUUUCAAGAUGAAGAAGAAGAGGAAGAGGAGGAGGAAGCUGUGGAAGAGGAUAACUCUGAUCAUGUGGAGCCUGAUGUGGAAGAAGAGAAUGAUAAUGUUAAUGAACCGAUUCAUUGUGCCUGA